AUUCACCACAGCAGCAGUAAUUCCCCUUGAUGAGGGGGUUCUGUCAGUUUUUCUGGCCUUCAACACAGGCUGGAUAGUUCCGUUCGCCCUUAAUGACAACUUCACGUUAAAUGCAAUGAAUUUAUCUCUCAUUGAUCCGUUUGUCCUGGCCCAGGACUACCCUGACACCUUAACGGGCACGCUGAGGAGCGGCCACGCGACCUGCUUACGCUUUAACCGCAAGGGUGACUAUCUGGCGUCGGGGAGGGUAGAUGGAACGGUUGUGGUAUUCGAUGUGGAAACAAAUGGAGCGGCACGCAAACUACGGGGGCAUACGAGGCAGAUACAGUCCUUGAGUUGGUCUAGGGACAGUCAGUAUCUCCUCAGCUCCUCCCAGGACUGGAAAUGCAUUCUCUGGGACAUGAAGGAUGGGUCGCGCGUGCGAACAGUCCGAUUCGAGGCACCGGUCUACAUUGCGGAACUACAUCCUUUCAAUCACCUGUUAUUUGUGGCAUCACUUUUUGAAGACCAGCCAGUUCUUGUGGAUAUUUCAUCACCAAAGCCCGUCAAACGAAUCAUUCCUUCCGCCCCUCUUCGUCCUCACGAAGACGUUGAUCCUACUGUGGCCGCGAAACAAGCCGCGCAGGACGCAAAACAAUCCACAUGCGUCAGUAUUUUCACGGCGCUCGGAAAUCACAUUAUAGCGGGCACAUCAAAGGGCUGGAUCAACAUCAUCGAAACGCAAACCUGCAACACCGUUCAUUCUACCCGGCUAUGCAACGGGGUUGUAAUCCUUCUUCGUCUCGCGAGCAAUGGGCGUGAUCUCGUGGUUAACAGCUCAGACCGCGUCAUCCGCACAAUCGUCAUGCCAGACUUAUCACAAUUAGGAGUGGACCUGGAACCCUCCAACAUCAAACUCCAGGUAGAACACAAGUUUCAGGACGUGGUCAACCGACUCAGCUGGAACCACGUCUCAUUCUCAUCAACAGGCGAAUUCAUCACAGCAUCGACCUUCAUGAACCCGGACAUCUACGUCUGGGAACGCAGCCACGGCUCGCUAGUGAAAAUCCUCGAAGGCCCACGAGAGGAACUGGGAGUUGUCGAAUGGCAUCCCUCCCGCCCGAUGGUGGUGGCAUGCGGUCUCGAGUCCGGGUGUAUUUACACGUGGUCCAUCGUGACGCCACAGAAAUGGUCAGCCCUCGCACCCGACUUUGGCGAGGUGGAGGAAAACGUCGAGUACGUCGAACGAGAAGAUGAAUUUGACAUCCACCCUGCUGAGGAAAUCCAUCAACGCCGCCUCGACCAGGAAGACGAAGUCCCGGACGUCCUCACUAUCGAACUCGCCGAGGGCGCUGCGGAUAGCGAAACGGAUACCUUCCGCAUGCCCAUCCUGCUUGACAUCUCUGACAGCGAAAGCGAGGACGACGUCAUCACCGUCGGACCGGGGACUAUGCGUAAACGCAGUCCCGGUGCCGGACGCGAGUGGAUGAAUUCUGACGGCGCUGGUAAUAACGGUAAUAAUACUACUGCGAGGAACGGGGCAUCAAGAGGCCAGAAUAAACGACGGCGAUGACCUCUCUUAUGGCAUUACCUACCCUUUCUCCCUUUGAUGACUACUGUACUAUAUCUUUUGCAAAUACCUGGCGUUAAGGAUGGAGUCGGAGUCCUAUUAUCGAUUACAAUUGCAUUCAGGUCGUUUUGGUCGGAUUUUUUCAAGUCAAAGUUAAUUGAAUUGAAUGGAAUCGAACUAAACUAACUUGGCGAGUUUACGAAAGAAUCUAGAUGGAUUCAAGGGACGGUGGUCGCAGAAUCGCCAUUUAUCCCUUCGUUAUAUAUAUUAUCUACAGCAAUUGGGUAGCAAUAGCAUAUAAAGAGUAUCCAUAUGUUAUUCAACUGGAUUUACCCUGAUCCUCUGUCGGUACGGGGUAUUCUCGGUAGAAACCAGAAUGGAACCUUGGCCUCCAAUCUUAAUCUAUAUUCCUAAGAAGGGAGAUAUAAAUGUCACUGACCUCCAAACGAUUCCACCAAGUGGGCAGCUGCAUAUACCUACCUAUCUAUUCAGGGAAAAGAAGAGGAUUUCUUAUUUUUUUUUUUUAUUAU